GCUGAAGUUGGCAAGCCUUAUCAAAGAAUCACUGUUUUCAUCUGCUUGAAGAGUGACUUUGAAGAUGUUGGAGAAAACUCAGACUUGUCUGACUCUGACCCAGAGAUUGUUAUUAAAAGGCCCUCUGAGUUUGAUCUUGCUGAUACACUGCCAUGGGAACUUCAACAUGAAAGCAGUCCUUUACAGAAAGCAGCAGAAUAUGAGAAGGGUGCUGGGGAUCUUGUGCUUGCUAAUGAAGUACAACAGAGACACCAAUUUGCAGGCACAUGGAAUUAUUGCAAAUUUGGCACUGGAACUUGACCACAAGAAGGUCAGCAGGUUCAAUAUAUCAAGGUCAGCUGUAUGGGAUGGAGCUGUUAGAGGAUUUCGACGCAGCACAUACUCUGACAACUACGACAUGUUCAUCAAGUUUAAUGAUGAUGCUGGCAGCUUUGAAGAAGGUUUGGAUACAGGUGGCCCGAGGCGUGAAUUCCUCACACUUCUAAUGGGCAGUCUGCGAAAUCGCCCCAUCUUUGAUGGACCUCCAGAGAGCCGUUAUCUUGUAUAUAAUUCAAGAGCUGCCAGGCAAGAUGAGUACUUUUUAGCAGGAAAGAUGAUCGCUGUAUCCAUUGUGCAUGGGGGACCAGCACCACAUUUCCUCUCCAAGAACCUGGUCAACCACAUCACAGGGAAUCAGAGUUUCAGCGCCACUGUAGAAGAUGUGCAAGAUGAGGAGAUCACAAAAAUUUUACAUCAGGUCCUGAAAGCUGAAUCAGAGGAGUCUUUGCAUAAUCUUAUUUUGCAAAACAGCACAAUCUUCCAAACUGCUGGAUGCCUCAGAAACGUCAAGCCUUUUGAGAAACAAGCAUUUGUGGAGGAGUACCUCAGAUGGUACAUCCUUGAAAGAAACCAAAGUGUCAUUCAACGUUAUUUGUCUAUCCUUUGCAGAUUUAAAGAUGGACUGGGAAGUCUGAAUUUUUUAAGUGCACUGCAACAAAAUUCCAGUGUGCUGGCCCCACUCCUAUGCUUCUCUGCCAAGGCCCUGACUGCUUCAGAACUGGAGAGCAUGUUCAGACCAGAUCUCAGCCCAGCAGGAAGCAACAAGCGGCAUAAGGAGGUCCUAACACUUGGCUUUUGGGCAGAUUAUCUCCUUGAUUGUGAAGAGAAGGCAACAGCAGUGUGUCUGGAAGAUUUGAUGUUUGCCACAGGGCUGACGGCAGUUCCACCGGCAGGAAUGACACCACCACCACGCAUCCAGUUUUUAAGUGUUUCGCCUUUUCCAGUUUCAAACACCUGUGCAAAUACUCUGAAGCUACCCAUCUGUGACUCAUACAGCAUCUUUAAGGCCAACAUGGACUUUGGAAUUCAAAAUGCUCCAGGAUUUGGAUGUUCUUAAAUCAGCAAGGUCAUCAAGUUACAGUUACUGAGUUACCCUGUUAGGUUCAGCUGCCGUUGGCAUACUACUUAACACAUUUAUGUGACAAGCAACUUCCAUAUUGUUAAACAUUUAGUUGUUUUUUCUGAAUAUUGUGUAUGUUGGAAAAGUGACAGAAAUGCUGGACACUAUUUGUAAAUGGUUUUAUUAAAGAACAUUUUAAAUGUU